CAGCUUAAUUUAGUGAGCAUUCUCAGAAAUUCUCUGGACUUUAUCUAAGAAAGAGGAAGAGUAUAUCUAUACGUAUCAGAUAUUGGUGAAACCAUACUGGAAAGCAUCGUAUCUCAGAUAUGUCUGAAGAGCUUAUGGAGUUGUCACCAGAGAAUUCAUCAGUCUCAGGAUUCAAGGAAGAGUCUUCUGAACAUUCGCCAUCUGAGAAGUGGUUAAAAACCAGCAAAAUUACUCCAUUUAUACAACUUGAUAUUCAAGCUGAGUUGAUUGAACAAACUAAUUCAGACCAUCUUGGAUAUGGCCAUAGCCACCACACUCCUGAAGCUGGUGAAAAACAUCAGGCCUUAAAAUCACAUGCAAUAACCAAUACAGAAAAGACAUACACCGUCACCAGAAGAAAAGAAAAGCUAUCGAGUGUUCUACUUCCACUGUCUGCAGCUUCGUACUAUAGUGGAGUAUCACCGGAAAUGGAAAUUGUUGAAUCAUGUCAAACCAUUGAGAAGCUAAACGCAUAUUUGAAAGCAAAAAAGGAUGAUGUCAAUGCUGGUGUACCAGGCAAAUUCUUACGUGCAGUAAUGGGUUCAGAUGGUGUUGAUGUAGGAACUGUGGCUUCAAUCAUCACGUAUUCCUUCUACCUAGAUGUAACUUCAGAGAGCGAUCAGUUCUGCACAGUACCAAUCAUUAACAUUAACCGGGCAAAUCUUGGUUCGCAUGUUGAACUCAAGUGGUUGCUUGAUUCAUGUCAUAUUGAUCAGUCAUCCUUAAUUUUUGCAGAUGAGAUUGAUUUGGGUUACUAUGAUCUAUUUGGAAGUCUUAAGAUCGUGCUGUUGAAGGGAAGCAAGAUUAACAGUAAGCAAGAGAAAUUGAAGCAUGCUGUGGUUGAAAAUUUUCACUGCAGAAAGGGUGAGACAAUAUAUCCAUGGGUUAAAACUGUCAUCACAGGCGAGGAAUGCUCUUGUUGCACGGCCAUAGCAGACAAAUUUGUAAAUUAUUCGCCUGAAAUUUUGGCUGGCAAAUCAUUCAGUAAACUUCUGCUAGCUGGCAUUCUUUUGGAUACUGCGAAUCUAAGGGACCCUAGCUGCACCUCCAAAGAUAAGUACACGGCUUCAUUACUGAUCAACGGUGCUGGUCGUUAUGGAUGCAAUGGCUUUUACCAAUUAUGUAUGCCCCCACACCAUUUUCUAUCAAUUUCGAUGUUCACAUGCUACUGCUAUUGUUGA